AUGGCUGCUCCAGCCUCCUCUCGGGGGCAUCCCCCCCCCCCUUUACUGCCUUCCUCCCCCAUCGCACUCCCAGAGUACCCAGUCUUUGAAAACGUCCCCGGGCCCUUCUCCCUUGAACCCCGCCCCCACACUUCAGCCCACAGUGAGAUGAAAAUCAGUGGAAAGAGGGUGGGCCAGACAAGAGGAGAAAUGUUUGAAUUAAACUGGAGGACGGGGUGGGGGAAGAAAGCUGAUGACUGGAGAGGCACAGGAGGGAAAGCUGGGGCCAGGUCUGCGGGUGGGAAGCUGGACCCCCGCUCCUCUCACCUUUUCUGGACAGGGCUUGUCCUCUGGGUGCCCUAUGGCACUGGUAGGCAGGAAGCCGGGAGGAGGCGGGCACAAUGGGGUCAGAAGCCGGAUCACAGAUGGAUCUCGGUGCCCUUAACUCCUUCGCGUCUGGCCAGCAGAAAGCGCCUAGGAUCCCGAGUGGGGUGGGGGGGGGGUGGGGGGAAGUUCCGAGGCCGAGGGGAGCUGGAGGGUCUCAGAAUUCUGGGUCAUUUUCUGCCUUCCUAGACGAACUACAGCACUAGUGACAGCUUCUUUCUGCUGGGAUUCUCCGACUGGCCAUCGCUCCAGCCGCUACUCUUCGCCUUGAUCCUCUUCUGUUACCUCCUUACCCUGGUUGGCAACUCAGCCCUCGUGUUCUUGGCCAUCCGUGACCCGCGCCUCCACGCGCCCAUGUACUACUUCCUCUGCCACCUCGCCCUGGUGGACGUUGGCUUCACCACCAGCGUUGUUCCGUUGCUGCUGGCCAACCUCUGGGACUGGGCCAGGGUGCUGUCCCGCGCCGGGUGCGUAACCCAGCUCUACGUCUCUCUGGCACUGGGUUCCACCGAAUGCGUGCUUCUAGCCGUGAUGGCGUUGGACCGCUCGGCCGCCGUGUGCCGGCCGCUCCAUUACACAGCCCUGGCCUCGCCCCGCCUCUGCCGGACGCUGGCAGCUGCCUCCUGGCUGGGGGGGUUCACUAAUUCGCUGGCGCAGACCAUACUACUGGGCACGCGGCAGUUUUGCGGGCCCCGGCGUCUGGACCACUUCUUCUGCGAGCUGCCAGCCCUGUUGAAACUAGUCUGCGGGGGCGGGGGCGCCGUGGAGAGGCAGAUGUUUGCUGCUCGGGUAGUUAUCCUGCUGCUGCCAUCCUCUGUCAUCCUGGCUUCCUAUGGGGCUGUGGGCCGGGCCGUGUGGAAGAUGAAGUCCCAGACAGGGAGGAGAAAAGCAAUGGGGACCUGUGGUUCCCACCUCACGGCUGUCUGUCUUUUCUAUGGCUCUGCCAUCUACACAUAUCUGCAGCCCACACACAGUUACUCCCAGGGCCAGGGCAAGUUUGUCUCCUUGUUCUACACUGUGGUCACCCCCGCCCUCAACCCCAUCAUCUACACCCUGAGGAACAAGGAGGUGAAAGGGGCGGCAAAAAGGCUUCUGGGCAGAGUAGAGUGGAAGGAGAGGUAAGAUUUGGGCUUAGGGAGAGCUUCUCAUCUCAACCCAAGGAUCACAUUGUUUGUCACUGGGCCAGUCCAUCACUCUGAGUCCUCAUGGAUUGUGGAGUGAUGAACUCAGAGAAAUAGUUCUCAAGAAAUUCCAGAACUAAUGGCAUGAAUAAAUCUUGUCCACUGAAUGCUCCCAGACUGAUGAAGGAGAACAAAUCCCCAACAUCCAAGUCCACAUUUGAUAAGAGAAACAGUUUUCACCCUAGAUAUUCUCCCAGUUGAUGGAGUCUAAGGAUGAAUAAAGAUGUGCCUGCUGUUCUAAAGAAGUUUCCAGUCUGAUAAAGGAUCUACAGCCCCUAACUUCGGGGAACUGGAAGAGGAGACUAAACAAACAUAGAAGAAGCAGACAAAACACAUAGACAAGGGUAGUCUAUACAAUCAAUAGACUUCCAUACAUAAAUGAGCAGAGAGGGGAUACAAAAGGGAUUAGGGUGAGAAAUGUCCAGUGGGAAUAUGUUAGUGCUGGAAGAGGAAGGACUUUUUGAGA